AUGUCCAACGCCCCUCCUGCCGCCGAAUCUCCUGGGCCUCCAGUCGCCCAACAAUCCCCCAACGACCAAAAGGGCCCGAGCUCGUCGCCGCCUCCAUCGCAGCAGAUUCAUUCUCAGAAGCUUCAGUCGCACGCGCCACUGAAUCUUCCACCGACUUCAACCCCGACACCGUCGUCGCAAGCUUUGUCGCCGCCGACGAAACGGGACCUUCGUUCAUGGUGGAAGAGGUUUCAGGCAAAUAACAGCAAGAACCAAGAAACCGUUCCAGAAUCACGGCCGCAUGGAAUCUUUGGGGUUCCGUUACGUCAAAGCAUCACAUACGCAAACGUUGCCAUUUCGCUACUCGAUGACGACGGAAAGAGCUACAUUUAUGGAUAUGUGCCGAUCGUGGUCGCAAAAUGCGGCGUGUUUUUGAAGGAGAAAGCAACCGGAGUCGAAGGCAUUUUUCGACUGAGCGGCUCAGAAAAACGCAUAAAAGAGCUCAAGACAAUUUUCGACUCACCUGAUCGUUACGGCAAAGGGCUUGUUUGGGACGGAUAUACGGUUCACGAUGCCGCCAACGUGCUCAGGCGAUAUCUCAACGACCUACCAGAGCCGGUGGUCCCAUUGGAUCGUUACGAAGCUUUCAGAGAACCUCUUAGAGGCGCAACAUUACAGGCUGUUGGAGACGCUGAAGGGCCACAGUUUGUGAAAGAUUUUGACUUGGCAGAAGCGAUUGCAAAGUAUCAACGGUUGAUAACUGAGCUGCCACCGCUCAACCGCCAACUACUCCUCUAUCUGCUCGACUUGCUCGCCGUCUUUGCCGCCAAGUCUGACGAGAAUCGCAUGAACUCGCAGAAUCUAGCUGCCAUUUUUCAACCCGGAAUGCUUUCUCACCCGAACCACGCCAUGGCGCCUGAGGAGUAUCGGCUUAACCAGUGUGUCAUUAUAUUCCUGAUUGAAAACCAGGAUCACUUCCUCAUUGGCAUGCAGGGAACUGCUGCAGAUGAGAAGACCGUUCAGGAGGUGCAGAAGGGUACCCCGCCAGUGGUAACUCCGGUCACUCCCGGCGCAUCGCGCAAGUCGGGGGUGCACAGGUCAGCUUCGAACGCCAGUGCUGGCGCGGAAAGUGUUGCACGGGACGGCCAAAUACGGCGAAAUCGAUCAGUCUCAUCCAGGCAUUCGCGGCACUCCAACGGCGCACCAAGCCCUGCAAGCCCAGCGCAUGGAUCGGGCGCAUCUGGCGGCUUGGCCAGGAGUAACACAGUACCAUCCAAAAAGUCCCCUGCUAUCGGCACAGGCAGGUUCCACAAGAAGGGAGAACAAUCAGGAGCACCCGUGGUGCCACUAACCCCGGCCACUCCAACGCCUAUCCCGCCAUCGCCGAUAGUAGUCGAUGCUGGCAGCCCAAUGGAGGCAAUCGGUCGAGACGUCCAUUCAGCUGCUGCUCCACCCAGUUCAAUUAAUGACCAAACUCUCUUGACAGUCGAGCAUCCUGGACUGGGAAGCAAAGGUCAAGACGGCCUCUUGGAUCCCACAACUCCGGAUGCCUUGACCCCUUCCCGAGAACGAAAGCUGCAAAGCCUCUUUCAGCGCUCGCCAGGAAGUGAUACCGAAUCUAGGACGCCCAAUAAACUCCGCAAAAAGCGUUUGGUCAGCAGUCAGAACGCUAGUGCCCAGAGUUCUACUGCAUCCUUGCCGCAUUCUCAUGCGGGUGUCUCCCCCGGUGUCGAGCUUUCGAAUCCGAUGGACCAGCCGCCGUUGAAGGUACUGCCGGAAGCGCAGCAGAGCUCCCCAGGUCCAGUGCCGCCUUCAUCAGAGAGCGCGUCUGAUGCAACGCCUAGAGCGCAAAGCCACUCUCCUGAUGUAAACGCAAACUACCCUCCUGUUGCCAACAACGACACCAGCUUGAAGCCGCAAAAUUCACACACACAAUCUUUACACAGUUCCUUUAACGAGGGCUCUGAUAUUGAUCAAGUCGAGGAAUCAGCACCACCAGUAGCAUCCGAUCAGCCAGAGCCAGAAAAGGAUAAGAAGCGACGGUGGCGACUUUCUCGAAGGAAGGAAGAGAUGGGUGCCACGGCCAGCCCUGGACCGCCGCCUGUCCCGACGUCUCCCCGUAAAGUAAUUGGGACGAACACUCAUGCAGAGGCAAGCACAAGUUCAAUUGGCAGCGGCAGUAAGCAGCAUCGGCGCAGCUUCAAUGGCGAGCCAGUCGAUAACAUUUUGACGGGAAGCACGGAUGCCCAGUCGUCUCAUGAUUCGGCCAGUAAGGAGGGCAGGGAUGAGUCUCGAGGCCUGACCGGAUGGUUUAAAAACAAGUACCGAGAAGCCAAAGAGAACCGUGACGAGCGUCGCAAUAAGUCACCGCCACCUGCACAACAAGACUUUAGUCCGACUAACAUGAUAGUGGCACGUGGUAAGAGCUUGGACAUUGCCCGGCCACCUGCCGAGGAUAGGGAAGCGCCCAAACCAUGA